CUGAACAGCCAGAAGAAACCUUCCCUAACACUGAAACCAAUGGUGAAUUUGGUAAACGCCCUGCAGAAGAUAUGGAAGAGGAACAAGCAUUGAAAAGAUCUAGAAACACUGAUGAGAUGGUUGAGUUACACAUUCUGCUUCAGAACAAGAAUGCUGGGGCAGUGAUUGGAGAAGGAGGCAAGAAUAUUAAGGCUCCCUGUAUAGACUACAGUGCCAGUGUUUCAGUCCCAGACAGCAGUGGCCCCGAGUGCAUACUGAGUAUCAGUGCUGGUAUUGAAACAAUUGGAGAAAUUCUAAAGAAAAUCAUCCCUACCUUGGAAGAGGGCCUCCAGUUGCCAUUACUCACUGCAACCAGCCAGCUCCUGCUGGAAUCUGAUGCUGUGGAAUGCUUAAAUUACCAACACUAUAAAGGAAGAGACUUUGAGUGCGAGUUGAAGCUGUUGAUUUAUCAGAGUCUAGCAGGAGGAAUAUUGGGGUCAAAGGUGCUAAAAUCAAAGAACUUUGAGAGAACGCUCAAACAACCAUCAAGCUUUUCUAGGAAUGCUGUUCUCAUCCCACUGACAGAGUUGUUCUUAUUGGAGGAAAACCCAGUAGGGUUUGUAGAGUGCAUAAAGAUCAUCCUUGAUCUUAUAUCUGAGUCUCCCAUCAAAGGACCUGCACAGCCUUAUGAUCCCAGUUUUCACAAUGAAACCUAUGAUUAUGGUGGUUUUACAAUGAUGUUUGAUGACCACCCUGGACGCCCAGUGGUAUUUCCAUUGUGGGGAAGAGGUGGUUUUGACAGAAUGCCUCCUGGUUGGGGUCGGCGUCCCAUGCCUCCAUCUAGAAGAGAUAUAAGCCCUCAUCGAGGACCACCUCCUCCUCCUACUGGACGAGGUGGCCGGGGUGGUAGCAGAGCUCGGAAUCUUCCUCUUCCUCCACCACCACCACCUAGAGGGGAAGACCUAAUGGCCUAUGACAGAAGAGGGAGACCUGGAGACUGUUAUGAUGGCAUGGUUGGUUUCAGUCCUGAUGAAACUUGGAACUCUGCAAUAGAUACAUGGAGCCCAUCGGAAUGGCAGAUGGCUUAUGAACCACAGGGUGGCUCCGGAUAUGAUUAUUCCUAUGCAGGGAUUGGUGGCUCAUAUGGUGAUCUUGGUGGACCUAUUAUUACUGCAAAAGUAACUAUUCCCAAAGAUUUGACUGGAUCUAUUAUUGGCAAAGGUGGUCAGCGGAUUAAACAAAUCGGUCAUGAGUUGGGAGCUUCAAUCAAAAUUGAUGAGCCUUUAGAAGGAUCCGAAGAGCAGAUCAUUACCAUUACAGGAACACAGGACCAGAUACAGAAUGCACAAUAUUUGCUGCAGAACAAUGUGAAGCAGUAUUCUGGAAAGUUUUUCUAAGACUAGUGAAGAACUAGAGGAGUCCUGCAUCUUUUUUUUUUAUUUGCUUCUGUUUAAAAAGCCAACAUUCCUCUGCUUCUUAGGUGUUCUGCAUUUGAAGUGUAGUGAAAUCUUUGCUGUUCACCAGAUGUAAUGUUUUAGUUCCUUACAAAUAGGGUUGUGGGGGAAGGGCGUGCAAAAACUAACAUUGAAAUUUUGAAACAGCAGCAGAGUGAGUGGAUUUUAUUUUUUGUUAUUGUUGGUGGUUUAAAAAAAAUUCCCCCCAUGUAAUUAUUGCGAACACCUUGCUUUGUGGUCACUGUAACAUUUGGGGGGUGGGACAGGGCGGAAAAGUAACAAUAGUCCACAUGUCCCUGGCAUCUGUUCAGAGCAGUGUGCAGAAUAUAAUGCUCUUUUUAAAGAAACAUUUUAUGAUUUUUAAAAUAAAUUUAGUGAACCUAUUUUUUGUGGUCAUUUUUUUUUAAGAUAGUCAUUUUAAAAUGGUGGCUGAAUUUCUCCACCCCCAAACUAAACACUAAGUUUGAUUUUCAGCUCCUCUGUUGGAUGUGUAAGUGCAUCUCUUCCUGGACAUAGGCAAAAUAACUCGGCAAAAUUAGUUCUCGUGAUUUCUUGAUGGUUUGAAAGCCUAUUUCUGGGAAGAAAUUCCAACAUACAUAUUCAUGCUUAUAAAAAGCUGGGGAUUUUUUGUUUGUUUUUGCAAAUGCUUGCCCCUGCUUUUCAACAAUUUUCUAUAUUAGUGGUUGUGAAGAACUAAAGUGGGGAGUAGUACUACAAAUUGAGUAAUGGUAUGAGUAUAUACCAGAAUUCUGAUUGGCAGUAAGUUUUAUUAAUCAGAAUAACACUUGGUUAUGGAAGUGACUGAUGCUGAAAAAAAUUGAUUAUUUUUAUUAGAUAAUUUCUCACCUAUAAACUGUCAACUUGCUCUAAUGUCUUAUUAAACUUUAUAAAAUAUAUAUAUACUUGUUUUUCCAUUGUAUGCAAAUUGAAAGAAAAAGAUGUACCAUUUCUC